UAAAUAACUUGGUGCGUAAUCUUUAUUUUGAUGAGUUUUGCUGAGCUAUCUAGUGAUGUCUUAUAAUUUGUGUUGAUAGUGAAUGACUACGUCAAAGGUCAGCCCGCAAUCUUAUCUUUUGCUCUUUAUAUAUUAGCGUUGUGGAUCAAGUGAAGUCAGUUAACUGAGAACUCUUAAUGAAAUUACGAAGCUAAACGGUGUGAAAAGUUACUAAUUAAAUUUCUAUUUGCAAUUUGACAGACAGUUUUGGUGUUACCGUAUUGAUUAAACGUGAUAUUUUAAGUGAAUAAUAAUAAUUGUGAUUAAGUCAUAAUGCCUAUUCGUCGUAGCAAGGUCUUAGUAAAAUGGAUUUACGAAAACCAGCACAAAAUACAAGCAGUACGAUACUGUAGUUCUUUGCUGCGCUACAAAGAGCUGGAGGAGAGCGCGCAAAUAGAGCCCGAAGCAGUGUCAGCCCCACAAACUACACCUCGACCACAAAUAACACCAGAAUUUUCUUUUAAGUAUGACGAUCUUCAAGUAAGACUAGCAGCGCCGUACCAAUUACAACCGAAGCCGGAAGCAAGUGAAUUAGGUUUUGGAAAAUAUUUCACAGAUCACAUGCUAAAAAUAAAUUACUUUAAGCAACUAGGCGGAUGGCAGAAACCGGAAAUUAUUCCUUUUGAGAAUUUGUCAAUACACCCCGCAGCAAAAGCUUUACAUUAUGCUAUACAAUUAUUUGAAGGAUUGAAGGCGUAUAGAGGUGUCGAUGAUAAAAUACGAUUGUUUCGACCUGACUUAAAUAUGCAACGCAUGAAUUUAGCCGCGCAGCGAUCUGGUUUGCCGAUGUUCGAUGGAGAGGAACUUAUUAAAUGUUUAGUUCGACUUAUUCAAAUAGACCAAGAGUGGGUGCCACACUCUGAAACGUCCACUCUUUACUUACGUCCGACAUUAAUAGGCACAGAGCCUACAUUCGGUGUAAUGGAGCCUGAUUCGGCCAUGCUAUUUGCCAUUCUGAGUCCUGUGAGCGCUUACUACAAGACCAGCAGCGAUGGAGCGGUCUCUAUAUAUGCGGACCCGAAUGUCGUGCGCGCGUUUCCCGGCGGAGUCGGUAAUAGAAAAGUUGGAUCAAACUAUGGACCUACUAUAGCGGUGACUUCGCGCGCGGCUAAGUUAGGUCAUCAACAAGUUUUGUGGUUAUUUGGACCGGAUAAAGAACUAACAGAAGUUGGAGCUAUGAAUAUUUUUAUAGUCUAUAUUAAUGAACAAGGAGAUAAACAACUAAGUACGCCGCCUUUAAACGGACUCAUCUUGCCCGGAGUCACUCGGCGGUCAAUUAUAGAGCUGGCGAGCCAAUGGGAAGACUUGACUGUCAAGGAGGAGGUGAUCACAAUGGAACGGCUCAUCGAACUCAAUAGCAAAGGACGAUUGCUGGAGAUGUUCGGCGCGGGCACGGCGGUGGUGGUGACUCCCAUCAGCAACGUGGGCUACCUCGACGACAACAUUCCCAUCCCAACCAUGAAGCAGUCCCAGCCCGUGUUCCAGCGGCUCAAGGACACGCUGCUUGCCAUUCAGUAUGGCCACAUAGACCACCCGUACGCUAAAAUCAUAUCAUAGUACACGAGGAACGCCACGAGCACGUUGUGUACUCUCACUUCGAAUUAAUUUGAGUGAUUGUUUUUCAUCUUUAGUGAAAUGAACAGUAAACGGAUUGUGUCGGACUUCGUUAAACUACAACUUGCAUGUUUAGCGAGAACGAUUCGUAUAUUAUGAAACGUUGAGAUAACUUUGAAGGUUGUUCUGGCGAGAGAAUAAAGAACGUGAAGAAGCGGAAAAAUAUCUGCGUACUCUGUGAAACUCCAUUAUUUAACAUUAUACUGUAAAUAUUUGCUUCAUUAAUAUUUCAACUAUAAUAUUAUUUAAUUAUGUUGUAUUGUUUAUGAUAAACUUGUUUUACGUCUACGGGUCAGCGGGUGAACUUUUGUUAAAAUUUCAACCAAUAUGAAUUCUAUAGCAAUAUAUGUUUAAUUCCUUUGCAAGAGAAUAUAAAUAUUAUGACAGCUAGCCGAGAAACUGGAUUUUAAAACUUUGAGAUUCAUUUAGUGAUGAAUAAAAUACGAUUAACGAAUAGGUAUAACCCAAUACGGUGAUAACCCAAGUUAUAAGGUGUAAAGUCAUUGAAAGUCAUAUUUAUUUAUAUGAAGACGAAAAAUAGUCAUAAUAAACUAAUAGGAAUAAUGUGUGCGCAAUUGUUUUUUUCGCAUUUAAUUCAUUUUUAGGUUAAGGCAAAAUUUAAGGACAGAAUUACACGAGAUCAAUAUAAUAUACUGUUAUUGAAAUAAUAAGGACGUUUGGACGAAAACAAUAAUAUCUUGUAUUUCAAUAAACAACGCGUCAAAUAAUCUUAACUUUCCCGUUUAAUAAAUAUUAAUAUUAUUGUUAUCGGGGCGUCGAGUUCGAUUCAUUUACUCAAUCGUAUUUUGUUCACGUUCGAGAAAAUUAGUAAGCGCUUUGUAAUGUUGCGUAUUAUCAAUUCAAUAUUUAAAUAUUACAAGAAAAGUAUACGAACUGAUACUUAAGUUUUCGAAUAUAUUUUUUAAGCCGUUUGGAAUUUAAAUUUAUUUUACUAUAAAAUUAAUCGAACAUUUUGUCAAGUCAUUUGCAAUAUUUGUGCUAUUGUAUGAAACCAUGUAUUUUUAUUGUAUUGUAUGGUAAUAUCUACAAAUAAAUGACCUGGUUGAAUUCAAUUUAUAUUAAAAAAAAUUUUUUUUUCAUGAUCUUCAGGGACUAGUAUUGCGUUAUUAUUGGAAAUUGAUAAAAAAUAAUUCUACAUCUUAAUUAUAAAGAUGAUAUGACGAAACUGAAAGGAAAACUUUGAAGUUCAUAAAAAUCGGCGUGGUUUAACAUCAAAGAGAUUUUAAUGACUUCCUUUGUAAGCUUUCCCUGUGGAUAAAUUUAUUCCAAUAUACAAUUUAAUGUGUUUUGAAAUUUUGAAUGUAUAAUAUAAGGUAUGUAAGUAUUAUGAUUAUUUUUAAAAGAGAGACCUCAUAGGUCAUUAGUAUGUAAUAAUAGAUGUAUUUUUUCAUUUGUAGUUUUUUUAUCUAGUCUAAGAAUCUGUACAUUUCUAUUCUAUAUUUUUAAAUAUAUGAAUGUAUUCCUGCA